UAGUCGAAAAGGAGCGUGUGGGUUUUUAUAACCAGGAACUUCGAUGUAGCCUAGUGGGAUAAGUGUUUAUUUGACAUUUUCCCAAGGUGUAUUUAAAUGGACUUCCCCGGCAUCGUCCCCCCCGUUCAUAAAUGGACAAGGGGGGAAUAACAGAAAUUACAGAACCGAAGGCCCGACCCUGAUGUCGUCUCUAUACGAAAGAUGACAAGCAAGUUCUUCUCACCAUAGCAGGCACUCUACAUGCUCAGCAAGAACUCUCAAUGUUGCCUCAUCCAAUCGUGUGGUUGCUCGGAGUGCCGUGUGUCAUGAGUCUGCACCAAAGACGUUUUGUUCGUGAAGAUAAUGGAUGAAAAUGAGGCUAAUCUUGGGCAGCCGUCAUUCCCGAGUGGGAGCGAUAGCGCGUCUUUUGGAGAGGUGACAUCGUCGGGGGCAGGGUAUUGCUAUCAAGAGCGGACAGAGGGCUUUGACUAUGACUUUGUACCAACCCCUGACCCCAAAUACGAGUGCGCCAUCUGCCUGCUUAUCCUGCGAGAACCUCGACAGACCAAAUGUGGUCACAGGUUCUGCCGUGGCUGCAUCACAAAAUGGCUGAGGGAGUGUGAUGUUCGAUGUCCUGUUGACAAUGAAGCAAUCGAUGAGCGGGAAUUAUUUGCAGACAACUUUGCCAAACGUGAAAUCCUAAACUUCAAAGUCAAAUGUCCCAACUCAAGGCAAGGCUGUGAGGUGCUGGCCACACUCAAGAAUGUUCAGGAACAUACAGAUCAGUGUGCCUUAGCCCUAGUCCCAUGUCCCAAUCGGUGUAUGGACAUACUGCUACGCAGAGAUAUCCCAAAUCAUGUACAGUUCAACUGCCGUCGUAGAAUUCUACAGUGCCAAAAUUGUCAGAAGGACGUCAGUGCUGAAGGAAUGGAGCAUCAUCUGACCGAGUGUCCAUUGGUGCAGGUGUUCUGUCAGUACUGUGGUGGAGACUUCAUCAAGCAAUCACUUAGCGGACAUCAUGAGAAGGACUGUCUUGACUAUCCCAUUGCCUGUGACUUUAGACCUCUCGGAUGUUCUGUUCAGUUUAAACGCAAGAUGGAGCAGGAACACUACCUGGACGCCACAGUCGACCAUCAACGCAUGCUGUGUCAUGGCGUGGUAACCAUCCUCCACAAAUUCGGCAUCCAGAGCCUCUCUCCAGCCUCGGCCACAGCCAUAUCAAGCAGACUCACCCCGAUGGAGAUGUCCACGUCACUGUCAGCCAUGGGCAGUUACCUCAGCCAGUUCCAAGGCCUCAACAUGCAGGAUCCCGGUCUUGCCCCGAACAUCUCCGGUUCACGGACCCCAGAUGGACAGUCGGUCAAACAGUUCAACCUUGAUCCCCUGACAACCGACUUUGACCCUCGUAAGCUUCACCGAAGUGUGUCCGAUACACUGUUGCAGCCAUCCAACGAGACUGCAGAAGGAGUUCAUGUAAGUCACACCUCCAAACAAUCUGAUGCUGAUGGUGUGAAGGGGGCCCUGUCCUCACUGCAGGGGGCUUCGGGACUAGACCUCCAGAGUCUUAAAAACCAGAACAUGUACCAAGAUGAAAGUCUGGCUCGUCAUGACCAGCAACUGGUUGAAAUCAAAGCAAAGAAUGAGAUGUUGGAGAAAACAAACAAGGAACUGAAGUACAAACUGCGCUUCCUCGACAAUGCUGUGCAGGAGUUCGAAGGCCGGGCAUGCAAUGGUCAGUUCUACUGGAGGAUCAAAAAUUACCACAAGCUCCGUGAGGAGGCGGAACAGGGCAUCAACACCGCGCUGCACAGCCCUUCAUUUUAUUCCAACUGCUAUGGUUACAAGUUGUGUAUUAGAGCUAACCUCAAUGGUGUGGACGCAGCCAAAGGAAGCCAUCUUUCAAUCUUCAUACAUUUCAUGCAGGGAGAUUGGGACGAGAUUCUCGACUGGCCAUUUUCUGGCCGGAUUGUUCUGUCAGUGAUUGACCAGAAUCCCAUAUGUGAGCUCCGAAAUCAUAUCGCUGAGACUCUUAUUGCCAAACCCAAUUUGGCAGCUUUUCAAAAACCGGUCACGCCAAGGAACCACAAAGGAUUUGGUUACAUGGAAUUUGUAGCCUUAAGUGUGCUGGAUAACGCAGACUUUGUUAGGAAUGAUACUCUUAUCAUCAAAGCUCAAGUUAUCCCAGCAACGUAACCUGAUGAGGAUUCCUAUAUUAAAAGUGAUGUCAAACUUAUUUGGUGUUUUGGUUCGGAUGCUGCAUAUCCUUCUCUGUGCAGCCAUUGUAUCGACACCCAGGAGGUUGAUGGUUUGUAUGGUACUGAUCCAGGAAAAACACUUGAUGUGAUUUGGGGUUGUUUUCUUUUUAUUAUAUUUUCUUUGUUAUUUGUAUUUUAUGAAGAUGACAAGAAUGUUGUUGACACCUCAGAAUUCCUUAGAUUUAACAUUAUAAUGAUGUGCCAAUGAUUUCUUUUUGUAAGUUCUCAUGUGAACUACCAUCUUAGGCUUCUGAGGUUGGAGUACAAGCUUGUAGCUUGUCAUAACCUUUGUGUUACAUGUAAAAGAAUGAGGGGGACUCUAGCAGUGUUUGAAAUAAAUAAAACUACCAGACUGCCAUCAGGACCAAUAGACUUUUGAAACUGCUGGCCUUGGAUAUUUGAGUCAAAGAUAAAUGAAGCCUACAGGGACAAUUUUGUGUUCUGCAAGUUCAUCUCUGAUUGUUUGGGUUUUUUCAACUUCGCUAAUUGAAGAGAUUUGUCGUUCUGGUAACUAUGUCCAAUUUCUGAAUGAAAAAUGAACCAAAAAACAUUUUAAAAAUGAGCUUAUUGUGACAAAUAGAUAGACACGUAAGCUUACUGCAGGCCAUGAAGACCCAUACAAAUUUGAAACUUGGGGCAGGGGUUGAGAUCAACCUUCCACGGGCCUAUGGAAAGGCACUCACUUCAAACACUGGAGUCUAGUUUCAAAUACUCCCACAGCAAACCUCAAAGACCCCCGUUAUCUUUGAGAACUGUUGAUAUGCAGAUAAUCUGUCAGUAUUAAGGAGUUCAAUGAUUACAUGUGAUCAAUUCUGGACCUGUAGUAGGUUCACCCCAGAUUUGAAAUGAUUCCUUGUUCAGGUAAUAGAACUAGAUUUCAGCCUUUUCUAAGACGCUUAGUAGCAGAUGAACUGGAUGAUUGAGACAGCACCAGAGCAGAACUGGUCAGUGAGCCUGUUAUAGGUUUGUUGUCAGUUUGUACACAGAGUGAUGGCUUCAUGUUGAAGAAAGACAAGGGACACAGAUAGUUGACAUUUGCCACAGAAUCCCACAUGCUUCACAUUCAAUGUGAAUCGGACCAAAUACCAGGCACACCCAUGUAAAAACUAAAAGUUGAAA